AUGGCUGCAGAAAGGGCUGUGAAACCAGCUUUUACUUUCAGAUAUCUGAGUAACAAGAAGAUCAACUUCCUGGAAGACAGUAAAACCAGAGACCUCUUUAUGAAAUGGUCAAUGCUUGGAAGGAUGAGUGUGCAGGUUUUCAGUUUUGACCAACGCUUCCAGUCUUAUGAAAAGGACAGUUUUGUCCAGGCAUUUUUCCAGGAUUCAAACGUUAAGGCGAAUCUAAAGGUACUCUCACCCUUAUCUUCUGAAUGGACAACUCUAGGGAAAGAAGUUAAGGAGAUACAGGUUGAAGAGGUUCCGUGUAAUCAACUUUCAAUGUUAUUCUUUGACUGUUUGUAUACGGAAGGGAUUGUGCGAGAAACAGGCCAUAUUACAAAGUGUCUGGAUGAGUUUUAUGAGGAUUUUGUUAUCUCUGACCAACUUCGACAGGUGUUACUUUUGGAAGAAUCAGAUAAAUAUCAAAUAUUCAGUGAUAAAGAACGUGAGGAAUUUGUCUUUCGUAUCUUCAAACAUCUCUGUCUGGGUGGAGUCCUCUGCCAAUAUGAAGAUACAAUUGAUCCCUAUCUGGAAACCUGCAAGACAAUGUACAAGGAGUUGGUCAGUGUACAGAAGGAUCCUGACACAAAAGACAUACGCAUCAUCUCCACAGUGUUCAAAGUUACAGCCAAUGAUGAAUAUGGCAUUUGUUACCCUUCCACUAACAAGCAUGAACAGACCUUUGCCUAUCUAAUUGUGGAUCCUCUAAAAUGUCACGUCCAUGUGUUAUACCAUUGCUUUGGAGGAGGAUUAUUUUGCAAUUAA